AUGGUGUCCAUGACUUUCAAGCGGAGCCGCAGCGACCGGUUCUACAGCACCCGGUGCUGCGGCUGUUGCCAUGUCCGCACCGGGACGAUCAUCCUGGGGACCUGGUACAUGGUGGUCAACCUGUUGAUGGCAAUUCUGCUGACUGUGGAGGUAACACACCCAAACUCAAUGCCAGCUGUCAACAUUCAGUAUGAAGUCAUUGGCAAUUACUAUUCGUCUGAGAGAAUGGCUGAUAAUGCCUGUGUUCUUUUUGCUGUCUCUGUUCUUAUGUUUAUAAUCAGUUCAAUGCUGGUAUACGGAGCAAUUUCUUAUCAAGUGGGUUGGCUGAUUCCGUUCUUCUGUUACCGGCUUUUUGACUUUGUUCUCAGCUGCCUGGUUGCUAUCAGUUCUCUGACUUAUUUGCCAAGAAUCAAAGAAUAUCUGGAUCAGUUACCUGAUUUUCCCUAUAAAGAUGACCUCCUGGCAUUGGACUCCAGCUGCCUCCUGUUCAUUGUUCUUGUGUUCUUUGCCUUGUUCAUCAUUUUUAAGGCUUAUCUGAUUAACUGUGUUUGGAACUGUUAUAAAUACAUCAACAACAGAAACAUGCCAGAGAUUGCUGUGUACCCGGCCUUUGAGGCACCUCCACAGUAUGUUUUGCCAACCUAUGAAAUGGCAGUGAAGAUGCCUGAGAAAGAACCACCACCUCCGUACAUACCUGCCUGA